UUCUCCCACUUUCUUUUAAUUCAUUUGGAUUUACAGCGUCUACUAUUCAUAAUUAAAUUUAAAAUGAAAAACACAUUUUUACUUUGAUAAACAAAAUUCUUUUAACUUAUUAACAACAGUAUGUUUAUUACUGUUAUCUUCCUCAGUCUCCUAAGAAAAACCUGGAACAUAAUGACCUCAUAAAGUGAAAAUUGUUAUGAAAUCUAGUACCCAAUUAUGAAAUACAAAAGUAAAAAUAAACAUUUAAUUUAACCUAGAGCCAGGAGUAUAUUUUGUAUUUCUGGAAUUAUAUGGAACUCAGUACAUCAAAUAAUGUCAUCUAGUAGAGAAAAUCUACUCUUGUUUAGGCCAACAUAAAAGAAAGUUAAUGUAUUUACUAUUUUAUUCACAACACUCACUUUCCUAAGGGGCAGCAUUAUAGUAUGACUUCAGAUCUUACUAGUCAAUGAGUAUAAUCUAUUAACUGAGACUCCAACUUAAAUAUACACUCAAUUUUAAAAAACUUCCCUAGAAUUUCAUCCAAUUUAUUUUCAGUUUCAGUCUCAGGUUUUUCAUAUAUAACAUUGUUUCUUAUCUUGUUAAAGACCUUAUGUUAGUGAACUCUGGCUAACUAGAAGCCACAAACCAAAUUUCCUUUAAAAACCAUAACCUGAAAUCAUUAUGUUCAUCCCCAUAUUUACAUGAUUACAUAAUUAAAAUUAACAUAUAUAGCACAGCUCUGAAAAAUCUUCAGUAGGCUAAUGAACAAAUUUAACUCAGUCAAUAAGAGAACAAUUUUACAAAAGGAACUGGCUAUGUAAUUUGGUAGGGUACUUGUCUGGCACCACAAAGCCCUGGGUUCUAUCCUGAGACUAGCACAAACUUGAUGUGUUGUUACAAGGCUUCAGCUGCAGCACUUAGGAGGUACAUCAGAAGUUCAAGGUUAUUUUGGAGUAAUAGAGAAAUUUUGGGUCAACCUGGGAUAUUAUAAGACCCCAUUAAAAAAAAAUUAACUCCAGAAAAGCUGCAACAAGGGUUAAAAAAAUAGUUGGUAAUUUUAAAAUUUAACCUUUCAAUCUGGGUAUCUAAAAUGCUGUACAUGUAAGCUGAAUUUUUUCUUAAAUCAGCUUUUCUUAUAACUACAAAAUUUAAAAAAGGAAUGGGGAAAUUAUAUUGGGGGUGGGGUUUGAGACAGGGUUUCUCUGUGUAGCCUCAAACUUAAGAGAUGCACCUGACUCGCUGCUUGUGAGUGUGGGAUUAAAGGCAUGUGCCACCACUACCUGACUUAUAUUAGGAUUUUUAAAUGAUAACUUUUUAUCCUCAGUAAUUUUUAUUUUUGUGUUUAAUCUUAUACUUUAAAAAAAUCACAGAACAGUUCAAAAUGUAGGUUUUACCUAUACAAUCAACUUUCUGCAGAAUUCAUAAACCAUCUGAAUUAUAUGUUUAUCCAUUUGUAGCCAAAUCCCAAGUAUUACGAGGGGAAAAAAAAAAACUAGGAAUACCAUAAAUACUACUUUUUACCUUGGGAGAAAAAGAUGCUAUGAAAAAGGAUUACAUAAGGAGUCAGAAAAUUUGUGAUGUAGCCCACAAUUUAGUUAGAUGACUUCAGAAACAUUGUAUUACACAGGAUGAAUUCUACAAGGUCUCAAAAUAAAAUACUCAUUUUCUUUCUUCCUGCUUCGAAUUUCUGUGAAUCCUGGCAUACUCCCAACUGGCUUGGCAAUUUAUAUAAUGUCUCAAGUCAGUCCAACAAAAUGAAAACUGUCCUGCUGACUCUAAGAAGCACAUGGCCAAGAAUUUGCAGCAGGAUGUUUACGCAGCUCUACAUACAGAGUUAGGUAAGAAUCUAUGAAGAAAGAGAAUUAUCACUAGUAACCUGAAUGUGGCUAAAAAUAGCUUUCACUUUUCCCAAAUUGUAUGUAUUUCAAUCCUGCUAUGCAAAAAAAGUGGAAAACCUGACAACGAAGUAAACAAUCCCACAAUAAAACACAAAAACACAAACGAACACAAACCAAAAAGUACAGGCUGGGCAGGGUUGUAAAAAAAAUCUUUAAUCUCAGUCCUAGGAAGGAGAUUUCCAGGUCAACCUCGUCUCAAAACAAAACCUACCCAACAAACUAAACAGCAAAAGGGAGAGAAGGGAUAAGCAUUAUGUAAACUUCUAAGAAUAUUCAGAGAUCUGGUGAGAAUUUCAUCUAACUUAGACAGUAUUAAGUUGUGUUUAACUCUGAAGAUAGUGAAUAUAGGCAAAAGAUUCAGGAGUUGGGGGAAAAAGAAACAGGAUGGCAUAAAAAAUAAGAGACUGAGAUAGAUGACUUAGUAAUUCAAGCAAGAUAAAAUGUGCUUUUCUCAUAAUUCUUUACCUAUAACACUACUCAGUUUACCCCUUCAUCUCUUUAACUAAAUUUACAUUCUCUCCAGGGGAUUCUGGAGCUGGUAUAAGUUAAUGGCUGUAAAGCUUUGCUCACUACAAAAGUAAUUUAAAACCAAAUAAAAAGACAUUCCUACUUAUAAUGGCUAUCUAUGACAGAGGCUGAGCAGUAUAGAGCAGUAGAAGAGGAAGGGAAAGAAGUAGGGUAAGACCAUACACUAUGACAACAGAGUAAGUAGUAUCGUCUUAAAUUAGUAAGACUCUUUAAGAACUUUCUGUCCUAACAGUCAAGAAUAUUCUCUUCUUGCUCUCUAUCACGGCUCAAGAUCAAGGUGAGAAGAGGAACCCAUGCAGAAACUUCACAUCCAUAAGCUCAAUAUCUGUGUUGGGGAGAGUAGUGAGAGACUGACCCUAGCAGACACAGUGAUGGAGCAGCUCACAGACCAGACACCUAGACUCUCCAAAGCUAGAUACACCAUCAGGACCUGGGCAUAAGAAAGGAUUUGCUGUUCACUUCAUAGUUCCAUCGAGUCAACAAAAAGAAAUCCUGGAAAAAGGUCUGAAGUGAUGGAGGAAGGACAUUGGUUAAUUAUAAUAAAGAAACUGCCUUGGCCCAUUUUAUUGGUCAGAACAUAGGUGGGUGGAGUAAACAGAAGAGAAUGCUGGGAGAAAGAAGCUGAGUCAGGAGUCGCCAUGAUUCUCCCACUCCAGACAGACGCAGGUUAAGAUCCUCCCUGAGAUCCGCAUGCAGCUGGUGGAGCAGUUCAAAUGCCUGGAGCAGCAGUCAGAGUCGCGGCUGCAGCUGCUGCAAGACUUGCAGGAGUUCUUCCGCAGGAAAGCUGAGAUCGAGCUGGAGUACUCCCGCAGCCUGGAGAAGCUGGCCGAGCGCUUCUCCUCCAAGAUCCGCAGCUCCCGGGAACACCAGUUCAAGAAGGACCAAUACCUCCUCUCGCCCGUGAACUGUUGGUAUCUGGUACUGCAUCAGACCCGGCGGGAAAGCCGAGAUCAUGCCACCCUCAAUGACAUCUUCAUGAACAAUGUCAUCGUCCGCCUUUCCCAGAUCAGUGAGGAUGUCAUCAGACUCUUCAAAAAGAGCAAAGAGAUUGGCCUGCAGAUGCAUGAGGAGCUACUGAAGGUGACUAAUGAGCUCUACACAGUCAUGAAAACUUACCACAUGUACCACGCGGAGAGCAUCAGUGCGGAAAGCAAGCUGAAGGAGGCUGAGAAGCAGGAGGAGAAACAGUUCAACAAAUCAGGAGACCUCAGCAUGAACCUUCUCCGGCACGAGGACCGGCCCCAGCGCCGCAGCUCUGUGAAGAAGAUUGAGAAGAUGAAGGAGAAGAGGCAGGCCAAAUAUUCUGAGAACAAACUCAAGUGCACGAAGGCGCGCAAUGACUACCUGCUGAAUCUGGCAGCCACCAACGCAGCUAUCAGCAAAUACUACAUCCACGAUGUGUCUGAUCUCAUUGAUUGCUGUGAUUUGGGCUUUCACGCCAGUCUGGCCCGCACCUUUCGGACCUACCUCUCAGCAGAAUAUAACCUGGAAACCUCUCGCCACGAGGGCCUGGAUGUCAUAGAGAAUGCGGUGGACAACCUGGACUCCCGCAGUGACAAGCACACCGUCAUGGACAUGUGCAGCCAGGUCUUCUGCCCUCCGCUCAAGUUCGAGUUCCAGCCCCACAUGGGGGACGAGGUCUGCCAGGUCAGUGCACAGCAGCCCGUCCAGACAGAGCUGCUUAUGCGGUACCAUCAGCUGCAGUCCAGGCUGGCCACUCUCAAGAUUGAGAACGAAGAGGUUAGGAAAACCCUAGAUGCCACCAUGCAGACCUUACAGGACAUGCUGACUGUGGAGGACUUCGACGUCUCUGAUGCCUUCCAACACAGCCGAUCUACAGAGUCCAUCAAGUCAGCCGCUUCUGAGACCUACAUGAGCAAAAUCAACAUCGCCAAACGGAGAGCCAACCAGCAGGAAACAGAAAUGUUUUAUUUCACGAAAUUUAAAGAAUAUGUGAAUGGCAGUAACCUUAUCACCAAGCUGCAAGCCAAGCAUGACUUACUCAAGCAGACACUGGGUGAAGGGGAGAGAGCAGAGUGCGGCACAACCAGGCCCCCCUGCCUUCCCCCUAAACCACAGAAAAUGAGGAGACCUAGGCCUCUUUCAGUGUAUAGCCAUAAGCUCUUUAACGGCAGUAUGGAAGCGUUCAUUAAGGAUUCAGGACAGGCUAUACCACUUGUAGUCGAGAGCUGUAUCCGAUUCAUCAAUUUAUAUGGACUCCAGCAGCAGGGAAUAUUCAGAGUUCCAGGGUCUCAAGUUGAAGUCAAUGACAUCAAGAAUUCCUUUGAGAGAGGUGAAGACCCCCUCGUGGAUGACCAAAAUGAGCGAGAUAUCAAUUCAGUCGCUGGUGUUUUAAAGCUGUAUUUCCGAGGCCUGGAAAACCCACUCUUUCCUAAGGAAAGGUUUCAAGAUUUGAUAUCUACUAUUAAACUGGAGAACCCAGCUGACAGGGUGCACCCAAUCCAGCAGAUCCUCAUCACCCUGCCCCGCGUGGUCAUCGUGGUCAUGAGAUACCUCUUUGCUUUCCUCAAUCACCUUUCCCAGUACAGUGAUGAGAACAUGAUGGAUCCCUACAACUUGGCCAUCUGCUUCGGGCCCACCCUCAUGCAUAUCCCUGAUGGGCAGGACCCUGUAUCCUGCCAGGCGCAUGUCAAUGAAGUCAUCAAAACCAUCAUCAUCCACCAUGAAGCCAUCUUCCCCAGCCCACGGGAGCUAGAGGGACCCGUGUAUGAAAAAUGCAUGGCUGGAGGGGAAGAGUACUGUGACAGCCCACACAGUGAGCCAGGGACGAUUGAUGAAGUUGACCAUGACAAUGGCACAGAGCCUCAUACCAGUGAUGAAGAAGUGGAGCAGAUCGAGGCCAUCGCCAAGUUUGACUAUGUGGGGCGGUCCCCUCGUGAGCUGUCCUUCAAAAAAGGGGCCUCAUUGCUCCUGUACCACCGUGCCUCAGAGGACUGGUGGGAGGGCCGUCACAAUGGUGUGGAUGGACUCAUCCCUCAUCAGUACAUAGUUGUACAGGACAUGGACGAUGCCUUCUCCGACAGCCUGAGUCAAAAGGCUGACAGCGAGGCCAGCAGUGGACCACUGCUGGAUGACAAGGCCUCCUCCAAGAAUGACCUCCAGUCCCCCACAGAGCACAUCUCUGAUUACGGCUUUGGGGGGGUGAUGGGCCGAGUGCGGCUACGGUCUGACGGAGCGGCCAUCCCCAGGCGCCGAAGCGGGGGCGACACACACAGCCCACCCCGGGGCUUGGGUCCCAGCAUAGACACGCCACCCCGAGCUGCUGCCUGCCCCAGCAGCCCCCACAAAAUCCCCCUCAGCCGUGGGCGGAUUGAGAGCCCUGAGAAGAGGAGGAUGGCGACAUUCGGGAGCGCCGGCAGCAUCAACUACCCUGACAAGAAGGCACUGGCAGAAGGGCUCUCCAUGAGGUCAACUUGCGGCUCUACCCGGCACAGCAGCCUAGGGGACCACAAGUCCCUGGAGGCUGAGGCCCUGGCAGAAGACAUCGAGAAGACCAUGAGCACAGCUUUACACGAGUUACGGGAACUCGAGAGACAGAACACCGUCAAGCAGGCGCCAGAUGUGGUGCUGGACACCCUGGAGCCCCUGAAGAAUCCACCAGGCCCCAUCAGCUCAGAGCCUGCCAGCCCCCUGCACACCAUUGUCAUCCGAGACCCCGACGCCGCCAUGCGCCGCAGCAGCAGCUCCUCCACUGAGAUGAUGACCACCUUCAAGCCUGCCCUGUCGGCUCGCUUGGCUGGUGCCCAGCUGCGCCCACCCCCGAUGCGCCCAGUCAGACCCGUGGUCCAGCACCGCUCCUCCAGUAGCAGCAGCUCGGGCGUCGGCAGCCCGGCUGUGACACCCACCGAGAAGAUGUUCCCCAAUAGCUCCUCGGACAAGUCUGGCACUAUGUGACCUGCAGGACCGGUGUCACCGCCGUGGCCUACUGCAGCACACCGUGGCCUAGGGUGGCCUCGGUGGCUUCCACUUGCUUCCCAGGGAUCUCCUGGCCAUAGAGGGCAGAUCCUGCAGGUCAGCCUGGGAGGGUGUGUGUCUGUGGAGAGCAGAGGCCCAGGCGUUAGCUGUACCUCCUACUCAGCCAUGUGAAUGCCACAGACCUCUUGUGGGCAAAUAGACAUGCCAAGGUGUGCUGGAGCAAGAUCAGUCCCAGGGACCGUGUUUCCUAAGACUGAGGCAGAUGCUUACCAGCUUCUCAUAUUGUCACUGGAAAAUUACUCUCUCGAUAUUCUCUACAUACGUAUAUAUGUGUGUGUAUAUAAAUACGUGCAUAUAUACGCAUAUGUGUACGUAUGUGUCUGUAGGUGUGUGUGUAUAUAUAUUUAUGCAUCUAUAUACAUAUACUAGAGAGCUGGACAUACACACAUGCUAACUGUAUAUAGACGCUCCUUUUUUUUUUCUUUUUAUGAAACUUAGAUUUACCUCAGACCCAUGCCACCAAACAUCUCCCACUGUUAUUCGGUGGGAUUUGCAGGGACUUCUCUGGGAGAACUUAGAGGCCCCACAGGAACUGCGAACGAAGCAAUAUACCACUAACCUGCAGAGACACAAAACCAGAAACAGUCUCCGGCUGUCUCCAGAAGUCGUGGCCUUCCAGAACAGUCUGCCCCUCAAGGAAGGAUGGGGCAGGCAGUACCCCCAAGCAGGCUGCUCCUAAAGGUGGGGAAUCCUUCAUAGAAAACCCUUCAUCCACCCCCACAGAACCCUGCCCUGCCACCCAGAGGCCAAAGGUCAACUGUGUACCCCAAAAGGCACAGGGGAGGUUGGUGUGAAGACCCUUGGGUUUGUACGCAGAGUCGGGAUGGUGAGAUGCUAUGCCCCAUCAUAACACAGCAUUACCUGUGGGUAGGGGAAAAAGACAACAAAACCCCCCACAAAAACCCAAACAGUGAUAUGGAGUAUUUCAACCCCUAGCCAUGCUGUAGGGAUAAAUCAGUGGUGACUAUAGAAGUUUACUUCUCUCAUCUUCAAAAUAUUUCAUGUUUCUCUUUUUCUCUUUCUACUAAUCAUGCUAUGUCAGAUUUGAGACUGAAUGGGCAAGGAGGUGUUGACUCACGCCAUUUCUUUUGAAAGUAGGCCACAGCACGCUGUGCUUCCCCACCAGAGCCUCCAGUGCCCAGUCAGCCCUCGGCUCCGCCCUAUGAGGGCUGUGCUAGGAAACACCAUAGGCCAAGAGUUUAUGAAAACAGUAGUGCUCUCCACCCGCCCUCCCUUCUCCUCCUCCCCCUCCGCGUCUUCUAAAGCAGUUCAUGUAGACAAAACCUGGUGGUAGAAAGAAGGUACGUGAUUCUGCAGUAGGAAAGAAGCCUUCUGUGUGGCUCUUUUGGUUCCAUUUACCUGCACUUUUGCUGUAAAUUUCCACUUUCCAGAUAGUUCCAGGUUUCCUGGAUAAUGCAUCACAUGCAAAUCUAGUCCUGAUGGGACCAUUUCUACUCUCCCUCCUCAUGCCAGACCCACACGCACGCAUGCGCGCGCGCGCGCGCGCGCGCACAC